UCCCAACACCCUAAAAACGCACCUUCUUCUUUAUAAACGCCACUGAAGUACAAGAAAAAAGGCUUGUAUCAGAGAAUCUUGUAUGAUCUACGGUUGAGAUGUUUCCUCUACAAUCCGGCGAUGAUCUGGUCUUUCAGCCCCCUUCUGUUAUAAAACGAGAUCAAGUCCUGCAAGAUCCUACUAUGAAUAAUACUUUAGUGGAGAAUAGUAAUCACAGUACUAGCAGAUAGGAAAAGGGAGAGCAGAGAUCAUCAGGUAUCCAAGAAAAUAAGGAUGGGAGUACUUCUGAUGGAUCCUAUAUUCGGAAACUUAUGCAUAGAGAUUUAGAAAGACAAAGAAGGCAAGAAAUGGCUCAUCUUUAUGCUUCUCUUCGAUCAAUUGUUCCUGUUGAAUAUCUAAAGGGUAAGAAGAUCAUAUCAGAUCAUAUGCAAGGGACUAUAAAUUACAUAACAGAUAUGCAAGAGAAUAUCAUACAAUUACGUUUACAGAGAGAUAAGCCAAAGAAGUUGUCAAAUUCAGGCAACCUUAGCGACGAGGACGGAAGUUCCACUAGUUUUUCGCAUAGUUCAGUCACAGUGAACCCCUGCCGAGAUGGUGCAGAAAUUCUAAUCGGUAGCAGUUUAAAAGAGGAAGGGUUUCCACUAUCAAGAGUUCUUGUGGAAUUGCUUGAGAGAGGGCUUAAUGUUAUUAGCUAUGUUUCUACAAAAGCAAAUGAAAUGUCACUCCAUAUAAUUCAGUGCGAGGCCAGCGAUAUCAGAUGCAAUGAUCUAUCCGAGCUUACUGGAAGACUGACCGAGGUGAUUAACCUUAGGCGUGAUAACCCUUAGAUAAGUGUCACAGAAGACUAACAUCACAAGGGUUUGUGUCAUUUCUUAAACAUGGCAAAAGGUAUUUACAUCUCGUGUGUACUUAAGUAUGAAGUGGCUAAAGAGAUUUGAAAUUAAUAUCCAUGUACUUUAGCUGUUUCCAGUGUGCUUCUAUAUUAUAAUCUCUCUUUGAACCAUCGGUAGUGCACAAAAGGUAGAUUUUUUAUGCUGGAUAAUUCUACAUGUCUAUAAUGUACAUGUAGCAUAACCCCUUUAUGCUCACUGUUUGUGAAAUAAAAUUCUCCUGACUUUGUUCAA